AUGUAUCGAAUCUGGAAUAUCUACGUCCUCGCCGGCUUCGGCACCAUCGGUGGGGCUUUAUUUGGCUUCGACGUAAGCAGCAUGUCUGCUUGGAUCGGCAGCGACCAAUACCUCGAGUACUUCGGACAUCCGGACUCGAACACCCAGGGAGGUAUCACCGCGUCGAUGAGUGCCGGCAGCUUCAUCGGCUCGCUCGGCGCUGGCUGGCUGUGUGAUCACAUGGGCCGUCGUGGAAUCCUCCAGGUUGCCAGUAUUAUUUGGGUCAUUGGGGCAGCCCUCCAGUGCAGCGCCCAGAACAUUGCUCAUCUCAUCGUCGGGAGAAUCGUCAGUGGCUUAGCCAUCGGCAUCACCUCAUCCCAAGUUUGUGUCUACCUUGCCGAGCUCGCCCCUGCCAAUAUCCGCGGCCGCAUUGUUGGUGUCCAACAGUGGGCCAUUGACUGGGGCAUUCUGAUCAUGUAUCUGAUUUCGUACGGAUGCGCCGUCUCUAUCGACACCACUGCGUCCUUCCGCAUCGCAUGGGGUGUGCAAGGCAUACCCGGCAUCGUUCUCGGAGUCUCUCUGUUCUUCUUUCCAGAAUCCCCUCGCUGGCUCGCCAGUAAAGACCGCUGGGAUGAAUGCAUCGAUGUUCUCGCCGGCCUACACGGCAGUGGUGAUAGGGAGUCUCCUGUCGUGCUAGCCGAGCUUGAUGAGGUCAGGGAGGCCGCAAACCUCGCUGCCGAGUCCAAGGAUCUUGGUUACUUGGGACUCGUCGCCCCCAACAUGUGGUUCCGUACCCUGACUGGAGUUAGUGCCCAAGUCUGGCAACAACUCCUAGGCGGAAACGUGAUGCUUUACUACAUCGUCUAUAUCUUCCAGAUGGCUGGACAGGGCGGGAAUGCGGGACUCACAAGUGCUAUUAUUCAAUACGUUAUCUUCUUGGUGACGACCGGUGCCGUUCUCCCAGUCAUAGACCGCUUUGGCCGGCGAACGCUUCUGAUUGGUGGCGCCAUAAUCGCCUGCGUGUUGCAUUUCAUCGUCGGUGCCUUGAUGGCUUCGUACGGACACAAGGUGGAUUCGAUUGAUGGUAAUGAGAUUUUGACGUGGGAAAUCGAAAGCACUUCCGCGGCCAAGGGAGUCAUCGCCUGUUGCUACAUCUUUGUCGGCGUUUACGGCAUCACCUGGGCGCCCGUCGCAUGGAUUUACGCAUCAGAAGUCUUCCCUUUGAGAUACCGAGCCAAGGGUGUAGGCGUGUCUGCUGCGGGCAACUGGAUCUUCAACCUAGCUCUAGCCUUCUUCGUCCCACCGGCCUUCACCAACAUCCAAUGGCAAACGUACAUGAUCUUCGGAACCUUCUGUGCCGUCAUGACCAUUCACGUCUUCUUCUUCUACCCUGAGACUGCUGGAAAGUCACUCGAAGAGAUCGAUGACGUCUUCGAGAGCAAGACACCUGCUUGGCGGUCGGGCCAGCUUGGUACCUUCCAGGACCGUCUGCAUGAGGUUGAGCGCAAGCAGGAAGGUGCAGAGACGACCCAUGAGGAGGCGGCUUCUGCUCAUACGGCGGCGAAGGCGGAAGCGAAUAUUGCUCAUGAUGAGAAGGUCUGA